GGGAAACAAACCAAACCAUACUCUUGUUUUUUAUCAACUAUUGCUUAGUGUAUAGUAAUUUUUCCAUUUUUUUCCUAUUAUAAUACUAGUUUUUUAUUGGAAUAAAAAACCUAUUUAUACUUUUAUUUUGUUGUAAUAAUAUUUCAUAAAUUUCAAACUGCAUCAAUUAUGGCUUCAAGACGAUUAGAUCCGAAACCCAAAGAGUCGUAUUCCACCGUUAAAUAUGUUCAAGUCGAAGGCCUUGCUUUAAUGAAAAUCGCUAAACACUGUCACGAAGAAUGUGCGAGCGAUAUAAUUAUUGCCCAAGGAGCGCUUUUGGGUUUGGUUGUCGACGACUGUCUCGAGAUAACCAACUGUUUUGCUUUUCCCAAAAGCGUAGAUGAAUCUAUCAAUGAUGAAAAGUAUCAAUUGGACAUGAUGAAAAGUCUCCGUCAAGUCAAUGUUGAUCAUUACCAUGUUGGAUGGUAUCAGAGUUCUGACGUAGGUAAUUUUUUGAGCUUGCCAUUAUUGGAGUCACAAUUUCACUAUCAAACCAGCAUCGAGGAAUCCGUUGUGCUUAUUUUCGAUGCUCCGAAAACAAACCGCGGUUUUUUGUCACUUAGUGCUUAUCGUCUUACACCACAAGCGUUGACCAUGUUUAAGGAAAACGAUUUCUUGCCAGAUACAUUGAAAUCGUUGAAAGUCGGUUACGAUAACUUACUAGUGAAAGUACCCGUUGUGAUAAAGAAUUCUACGCUGACAAAUAUUCUUCUCUCUGAGCUGAGUUUCAAAAUCAAGGUCGAUCAGGAUUCUGAACAUUUGGAUAUUGGUACAGCAACUGUUUUGGAAGGACAACUUCGUAACUUAAUGGAUCGAGUCGACGAUCUUAACCAAGAAGCUAUUAAAUUUAAUCGUUUUCAACAAGCCGUUGUUCGCCAGUCUCAAGAGAAACAUCGCUAUUUACAAAAACGAGCUUUAGAAAACCAAGCUCGAGCAGCCAAGGAGGAGCCACCCUUACCCGAAGAAGAUAUUAGCAAGAUAUUCAGAGCAUUGCCAGUACCUCCGAGGUUACCGCCCAUGUUAAUGGCUACACAAGUGGAUACUUAUGCUGAAGAAAUCGCUAAAUUCUCCACACAGUCUCUAGCUAAAUUGUAUAUGACCAAAGCAAUGAAUACUAAUAACUAAAUUAAACCGUAGUAAUACAUUUUUCGUAUUUAACGCUGAGAAUUUAUGGUAAAAUAAAAAUAAAUACAUUUUUAUCGUAAA